AGCGGGGAUCCGAGUCUGGGCCGAAACCCCGACUUGAUGUUUUGAAUCCCGGGCACCAAGUCGUAGCUAUACAAUGGCAAACAUCCUAGUGGCAACACACAUUAGAUAUGUAUUUUCUAUCUGGUUCAUCAACCAACAUUCGACCUACAAAAUCUAGCCAUUUGUGUUCGCAUCAAAAUCAGGCUUCUCAAAACAAUGAAAUCCUACAGCAUUGCCUCCAUACCGGCGGACGGCAUCGGCCCGGAGGUUAUUGAUGCCUCCAUCGCUGUCCUCAACACCCUGACCAACACCCUAGGCUCGUUCAACAUCGAAUUCACCCACUUCGACUGGUCUUCAGAGACAUACAAAAAGACGGGCAAAUAUAUCCCAGACGGCGGCCUCGACGAGCUCAAAAAACACGACGCCAUUCUCUUUGGCGCGGUCGGUAGUCCCGACGUGCCAGACCACGUCUCUCUAUGGGGUCUCCGCCUUGCAAUUUGCCAGCCGUUCCAGCAGUACGCCAACGUUCGCCCAACCAAGAUCUUCCGCGGCACGCGGUCCCCUCUGCGGGACUGCGCCACCUCGGACCUGGACUGGGUUAUCGUCCGGGAGAACAGCGAGGGCGAGUAUGCUGGUCAGGGAGGAAGGUCCCACCGUGGUCUGCCGUGGGAGACGGCGACCGAGGUGGCUAUUUUUACCCGUCAUGGCGUCGAACGAAUUAUGCGUUUUGCUUUUGAACUGGCCAGGGACCGGCCGCGGAAGUUGUUGACGGUAGUCACCAAGAGCAAUGCGCAGAGGAACGGGAUGGUGUUGUGGGAUGAGGUCGCCGCCGAAGUCGCCCGGGAUUUUCCGGACGUGACGUGGGACAAGAUGUUGGUUGAUGCCAUGACUUGCCGGAUGGUUUUGAAGCCGGAAAGCUGCGAUACAAUUGUCGCAUCAAACUUGCACGCCGACAUUCUUUCCGAUCUGGCAGCAGCCUUGGCGGGUUCUAUUGGGAUUGCACCAACCUCGAACCUGGACCCUUCCCGUCAAAACCCAAGCAUGUUCGAGCCGAUACAUGGUAGUGCGUUCGAUAUUACAGGAAAAGGCAUCGCAAACCCGAUAGCCACGUUCUGGACCAGCGCCGAGAUGCUCGCGUGGUUGGGAGAAAAGGAGGCGAGCAAAAAGCUACUGGAGGCUGUGGAGCGGGUAUGCGAAAAGGGCGUCGUCACUGCAGAUUUGGGUGGGAUAGCCACAACAAAGCAAGUCACCGAUGCUGUUAUUGAUGAGAUCAAGGUUUUGUAUGGUAAGUCCGGCUAAGUAGAAUCAAUUGCCACUGACGUUUGCGCAUCAAGUAACGCCCCCUGACGAUGCCCUCUGUCUUUGGUAUGUGUGAUCCUGAUUUAUCAAGUACAAACGCAAAACCUCUUAUAAACUGUGCUACAAGACUGAACAUUUGCCGGCCUAACCAACGCAAUGCUAUGAGGACAAACGCAUCGCGUAAAAAUAAGUCAAGUUAAGGUUCACAUCCGCUUCCGACGGGGUGUCGGGAACCCAACUGUCACCGAGCUGUCGCUGUCCUCGCCAUCCUGAGCGUCCAUCCCGGCAGGGAACCUCUGAAAGGUCUGACCACGGGGGUUUUUGACUAGCCUGGUGCUGGGGCGAGGAGUGGUGGGUGAAACCGCAACAUGUUUCCCGGGUGUUUUCGACAUGGGUUUAGUGGGCUUGGCUGAGGACUUUGUGAGGGUCUCUGUUGGCAAAUCUGCUACUGAUUUUAUGGUUGGUUUUGGGGGUUCAGUCGCAGCGCUGCCCGUGUCCGCCGGUAACUUGGAAGUGUCGGUCUUCCUAGGCGGAGGAAUAUCUGUAUUUCUUGCGGCUUGUGGAACGGCAAAUCCGCCUUUGAUCUUUGACGGCGUCUUCCGCUGGCCGGCCUCGAUGUCAUCGUCGUCACUAGUCUCAAAUACGUUCCCAUCACUGCUGACGUUAUCGUAGACCCCGACCGUCUCGGAGACGUCCUUUUCAUCAAGCGUGCUGCUUUUAGCCUUGGUUGCUUCUCGAGCCGCCUUGGCUGCCUGCAAGUCGAUCUUGGAAGGCCUUACAUGAUGCUUCGAGUCCUCUUCGGGCGUGUACAUAAAGGACAAGGGAUCAAAGACAGAUUUGCCAAGUGUGUCGUCACUAGUGGCGAGAACGCUUUCCGAAUUGGCAGCAGGUACACUCUGGGGUAUGAUAGGAGCAGGGCUGGCUUGAUCGAAAGGCUCCUGAUCCCUUGUUGCGGGUUCUGUCUGCUCUGCGGGUGGGUUGACUCUGGGCUGGUCCGAU